AUGGCUUCAGGGGCAAAAUGGGACCCAAGGUUUGCGGCGGCAGGCAGAGGGGUAGUAACUGAUGUCGACCAUGAUUUGACGUCGGAUGAAGUAGCUGACAAAUUUAGGGAGUAUAUUUCUGGCAAGACUGUCGUAAUCACCGGAUGCUCAUCGCAAAGUCUGGGUGCGGAAGCGGCCAGAUGUAUCGCGCAGCAUGGAACCAAGCGGCUCAUUCUUGCUUCUAGAUCUGAAUCUAGAAUGAGGCAGGUUAUAGAAUGCAUAAGACUGUCGUCUGAGCUAGCUUGCGAGAUUAUACCCGUGGAAAUGGACCUAUCGAGCCAGCAAUCGGUUCGCUCGGCUGCCGCCGAAGUUCUCAAAUUAGCACCGGCUAUUGACAUCCUCAUUAACAGUGCGGCUGCUUGCAUGAUCCCUAAGUAUACCACGACUCCGGAGGGAAUCGAAAUGACAUUCGGGACUAAUCAUAUUGGUCAUUUCCUGUUUACUAAUCUCUUGAUGCCGGCUUUGCUCGCGAGUGCUAAUGCACGCGUGGUCAACGUGACAUCCUUUGGCCACCAGUUCUCCAAUGUCCGUUUCGAUGACAUUAAUUUCGACAACGGAAAGUCGUACGAACCAUUCCUGGCAUACGCAGCGAGCAAGUCAGGCAACCUCCUGUUUACGCUUGGCCUAGCUAUGAAACUGGGCAAGACAAAUCUUCGGGCCAUAGCCACCGACCCAGGAUCUGUCCAAACAGGUAUUAAUCGGUUAGUUACGAAAGAAGAGAGCAUACUGAGGGGCUGGUCUUUGCCGGAUGGUCAACCCAACCCGGCGAUUAAGUGGACGACUCCUGCAAAGGGGGUGGCAAGCUAUAUCAAAGCCGCCUACGAUCCCGACUUAGCGAAUAAGAAUGGCGUGGCCAUUACGGCGGGUGGGAUGGAUCAGUCAAUUGCGGCUUAUGCCUUAGACCGCGAAGGCGCAGAGAGAUUAUGGGAGCUGAGUGAAAAACUGGUUGGGCAGACUUUUGAGUAUUAA